UUUUACGGUCUUGGAGCAGAUGAAGAUGCAGUUGAGGACGCCACGGGUCUGUUCUUCAGAGAGCUGGUGUCCAACAGAAUGCCUGAAAACGGAUGCUCUGGUUGCUGUCCAGGGAAUGAGUGCCGUCUCGCCAACUUCAAGCUCGAUCAUCCCCAUCCUAGGUUGUUCAUGACGGCACGGUGGAACGUUGGCCAAGGCUGGUUUGUUGCGUACAGAGUAAUCGCAGCUGCGUUCUGGUUGUCUUGGACUAUUGCCAGUGUCGUUUGGAACUAUGGCUGGUACACGUACGAGGAGAACCGUUUUCUCUGGAUCAUAUACUUAACCGAUUGGAACCUAACCCUGAUGACACUGAGAGCCAUUGUCCAUGCCAGCGUUGCCAUCUACUACCUUCACCGAACCCGAUCAGGAACACUAGUCUUCACGUCAAUGCCACUCUACCUCCGGUUCCUGUGGGUUUUGUUCAACUUGUCCACGACAGCAGCUCUUGUCAUCACUGGCUUUUAUUGGGUAGCCGCUUACGCAGACUCCACUUCCCUGCUUUCGGCAGACCUACUUAACCACGCCGCCAACACUAUCUACGUCAUCAUGGACGUCAUAGUGGUUGCCAUCCCGUACAGGAUACUGCAUAUCUUUCAACCAAUGCUCUACGCCGUAACCUAUCUUGUCUUUGCUGCCAUCUACCAAGUUUCCGGCGGCUUGAGCGCAUCUGAUAAACCAUACAUUUACCGUGCAUUGGACUGGAUUCAAGCCCCUAAGACAGCCGCCAUGUAUACUGCUCUUUCGGUAUUUGGGGUCACCCCAGUCGCAUAUGCAAUUCUCUUCGGCCUAUCUAAAGCCAGGGAAGCGAUAUACGACCGCUGGUUUGCCCACAAACAGAAUGAUCAACAUGGUGACUUCAAUGAAGCUUUCGAUUACACGGAACUUGGUGAGGCUGAGGCUGCCUCUCAGACAAGCAGAAAGGAUCAUGCUGGAACGCCGCUGAAAGAAAAUACUUCCGGGGACAACAAGUAUGUGACAUGAAUUAGUACUGGAGAAUGUUCAAGCACAGUUGAUUAAUAUAUCAUUUGAAGAUAGUACAUGCGCUAUGCAAUUCAACAUUUAAAUCCGAAUGUCAUGUUUGUAGAUGACAGGGUGAUUAUACAAACAUAUGAUAACUAAACUCAUUGUCUGCAUUUCUACUUCAACGAUGUCAUAUAUGAUAUUAGGUUUAGGACUUCUUCUCCAGACACAUUCACCGGGGACUAACUCCUACUUAUGUAUAGCAUACUGUCACAUUUGCACAAAAUAUCUGCACUAUACUAAAGUUCGGCAUCAAGACCUUUAUAGCGCUUCAAGGCUGCUCUCUGUUAAUUCAUGUAAUCGUGAUGCACCUUGACAGUAUGCAUGCAUGUAUACUUACAUUUCUGGCUUAGAAAGCGAAGUGGAAAUAAAUGAACGCAC